AUGCUGUGCAGCCAAGCCAUCACAGAGUAUGGCAUGCGACAGCAGUGGCGGGAGUCAACGCACUUGCUGGCAGUCACAAACGAAGAAAGUGUCGCCCCAGACCUACAGCUUUACAAAAAGGCAGCAAAUGCAUGUCGCGAAGCUGGUCAGUGGGAAGCCUGCGUGCACAUACUUCGCAACCUUGGCCAACUACAACAAGCAGGCCUGAAAGCCGACGUCGUGAUUGUUGGCACUGUAAUGGCUAGUGCUGCCAAGCUUGUCUCCUCCAAGAGCCCUUGGGACGUGGCCACGCUGGCAAAGUGGCGACGCGGUUUGCACAUCCUGCAGGGUGCCGCGCAGGAUGGAAUUCAGCCCGAUCCGACGUUGAUCGGAAUUGGCAUAUCUGCCUGUGGCAAGGGCAAAACAUGGGAGCCUGCCAGCUUCCUACUGGCGGACAUGCGCUGGAAGACUCUGCAAGUGGAGGAUGCAUAUGCAGGAGCACAACUUGCCGCGCUGAAUUGCGACAAUGGCUGGCCAGCGGCGUUGGCGCUAUUCCGUGAUCUCCGGCAUCGGCCACAGCUGGCGCUGACCACGGCGGCUUUAAAUGCUGCAAUGCUCGCUGCCGAUCUUGGGGAAAGACCGGGCCGUGCACUUCGUCUCCUGCUAGCGGUCCAGCGGCUUGGCCUUGUGGAGACGAACGUGUUGAGCGUGACGAUGGGCUUGGCCUGUUUGGAUGGGAUGGUCGAAGGAACGAGCUGCGAGCCCCCUAGCCGUCGGGUGGCAUGGGAGAUGGCAUCCAGGAUCUUCGAUAAUUCUCGGAAGAAUGCCGUGGAGCCGAACCGAGUUACCUACACCUCCCUGGUAGGCCUACACGACAAGGCUGGGCGCUGGAAAUCUGCACAGCUGUUGGUUCACCAGUCACGCUUGGCCCGUGUGGCUUUUGAUUCAGCUGCCUACCGAGCAGCAAUGCAGGUGACGCUGGGCCAGUGGUCUGGCAUGGCUACACUUGCAGACAAUUCGCGGCAGCUUUUUGCUGUUGUGAGUUGCAUCGGUGAAGGGCUGGGGCUGGGAAGGCGGCUCUUCCACGGUAUCGCCUUGCACCACGGCAAGACGACCUGCGACACGCGACACGAAGGAAGCUGGGACGCAGCGAUCUGUGACGAAGAGCACGUCGACGGUGAUGAUGAGAACCUGUUUCCUGACGACAGCGCGUCGCUAGCUACCCGAGACCCUUGGUCUUGGGUGCCAGAAGCAGGCCCCAGCUACUACGAUGAGUUUUAUGGGCAGAUGUCCAACAACAAAUGGAGAGCCAAGUGGUGGAACCCAGCCGCAGGCUUGCCUCAGCAGCCCGGGCGACGGGCCACCAUUCAGGAAGAUAUUGCCCAAUUGGUUGCCAGCGGCCAGCCCAAGGAGGAAGUCUACCGCGCCAUCCGCGAAGCCUACGAUGUGAGCGGCAGCUUCUUGGACGACGAGGAUGAUGACCGCAACAAUUCCAAUAGAUAG